GCAGCCUCCAAUCCAUCUUUACAGCACUCGCCGCCAGCGAUACGUUCCUUUCGACUUUCUACGGCCGCAUGCCUUUCGUCAUCGGCUGCGCCGACGCCGUGGCGGAGACGUGGACUCUGGAGGAUCAGCUGAAGCUGUUGCAGCCCGGGAGUUACCCCUCCUUCGCCGACAAGCCAGAACUGCAGAAGGAGGUCGUCAAACUGUCCGGCUACUCUCGCUUCACCCACUCGGCAAUCGGCCAGCUCAAGGCACACUCCUUCAUGGCACAAGACAGUGUGACGGCCGACAAGAAGGUGGCCGAAGAAACGUGCGAGAACCUCACUGACGAGCUUGUCAGGGAGCGUGUGAAGAACAGCACCUGGGUCUUAUCCAGUGGCAACUCGCUCUCCCCGCGCCUUGCCGAGGUCUGCCAGUCUUUGCAGUCGGCUUUCCAGCUUCCCUUCAUCACCCUGAACGUGUACAUCUCGCACCUGGACGCCCCCGUCACUGCGCCGCUGCAUACGGAUCGCUUUGACUCCUUCAUCAUGCAGACUGAGGGGCUCAAGCGCUGGCGGAUCUUCGGGACCAGCAGCGCGGUACCCCCGUGGCCGGUCAUGGAUGCCGGGAUGACGGACAGGGGGAAGGCCGGGGAUGUCCUCUACCUGGAGCAGGUUGGUGACAUGCUGAUCGACGAGACUCUUGCACCAGGUGAUGUUUUAUACCUUCCUCGAGGUUUCCCACAUGCCACCAGCACUUUUGGCCUGUCAGAUGAGGUGAAGAAGCGAGGGAGCCAGACAGGGUCCCCAUACUCGACGAGCCUGACCGUGAGCCUUUUGUUGGAGUCUGUGGGUCUGACUGUGGACAAGGCUUUUCGCUGUGCAGCAGGCAUGCACGAGGGCCGCAACCACCUCGGUCAGUGCUUCAGCGCUGAAGAGGUGCUGCGCGUAACACCCGAGAGACAGUCAAUGAGGGCAGUGCUGCCCCUCGGAUUCCUCGCCCGUGCCGUGGCGCCGGAGUUGAAAG